CACACACAAAACCAAUCCACUCAGUGUCCAAAACAAAAACCACAACAUUGUUCAGAACCAUCAGGAUUGCCAAAAGAAGAGCCAUUGGAAUUUGAGCGAGAAAAAGGAACAAGAUGAUGACUCGACCUCCGGUUUGCUUCGACUCCUCAUGGGGCAUUGCAUGGCAAACCGGGCUGCCUUUCGUAAUGAUUCAUCCCUUGGCAAAAAGAGAAAAACGAAGCGAUUAUUAUUAUAUGAUACCCAAAAACGGUUUUGUUUUACCGCCGCACUUUGUACAACGACCAAGCCAAAAGGGGACUUUCCAAGUGAACGAAGGAAAGAAGCCCCCGUUCGCCGAGAUAAGGCGAUUUGUAAAAAAAAAAAAAAAAAAAAAAAAAAACCCAUGAAUCAAAAAAAGAAGAAGAAGAAAUACCCACUGCGCGCAAGAUGGAACUGGGCGUGGUCAGCGUCCAGUAAAACCUCGGGAGGACUGAUACCAAUGGACGAAAAGGGUAGGGGAGCAAGGGUAGCGGAAAGGCUAGUUACAAUGGAAAUGACAGCGGCAACGCAUUUAUAACUGUACAAGACGGCAGAGUAGAGAACGAGUGGUGGCAUCUGUCGGUUCCGAAGGCGGACGGGAGCAGAGGACAGGGGGAAAACGGGAAAAUGGCAGACAUGCCGAUAGUUGUGGGAGGAGAAGGGGGGCGGUUCAGUUCGAGAGAAGCCGAUAGUUCGGGCUCGGUCAAAAAAUGGGUGUGAUGUCAACCCCG